AUGCCUGUGGACCUUGGCAAAAGCCUUGCAGCCGUCGCGGUCUGUGGCUGCGGACAUGAUGGCCGUCUGGGUUUAGGUAAUUUUGACAGCACGGGGGAAAUAAAACUCAUCGGUGAUUUCCUCCCCAACGGCGGGAAAAAGACGCCGGACGUGCAGUCUGCACCGUGUGGGGAAGUGCUCCGCAUCCAUUGCGGGGGCUACCACACGAUCGUCCUAACCACCCGUGGGGUCUACGGCUGGGGAAUGCACGACUGCGGCCAGCUAGGCCUUGGGUGGAGGUGUGGUCCUGCUGCGGAAAAUGCCUUUUUCAGUCGUCCUACACGCCUGGAGUUUUUUGAUGCCAUGGGGUGGAACUCAAAGGAGAAAGAGAACUCCGAGGAGGGGGCAGGGACAGGAGCUCAGGAGCACAUUCUUCAAGUGGCUUGCGGCGCGUUGCACUCGAUGGUGUUGACGAACCGUGCGUUGUAUGCAUGUGGCAGAAAUGAGUUUGGUCAGUUGGGUCUUGGACAUGACGAGGAAAACGUAAGUGGGUGGACUCAAGUUUGCUCCCAUAGGAGUAGUAAUUUUUCCGCUUACUGUGAUGAGGGAGUCCUGGAUAAUAACAUGAGCCUGAUUCUGCCCUUCGGUAGGGACUCUUCAAUUAUUCAGGGUGUUAUUACAGAUGUGAGCUGUGGGACACAUCAUACGCUACUCGCUUGGCGUGAUGUGGUGAUUGUACGACAUGAUGACAACGGGGGGAUGAACGAGACAAGUAAUGUGAGCUCUACGCAGAGGAUGCGACACGACCGUGAUAAGUCACCACGCCGUUAUUUCUACUACCCAACCCUUUUAAUGGCCGCUGGUAAGGGUGACUACGGUGAGUUGGGCUACGACCCGGAUCUGUAUGCAGCCCUGCGUUCCAGAGACAAACAUGUGCAAGGCACUUUGUGGAGGGAAGCCACAGCACGACAGGAACAGCUCCAUAUGAACGAUUCACAACAUAAACUUGGGGAAUUGAAUGCCCAAGAAAGUACCUGUCUGGAUCCCACUCUCAUACCAAAUAAAAUAUCAAAUAAAAAUCCAUGUGCAGGUUGGUUACGAAAACAGAAGCGUCGGCAACGGAGACAAGAGUUUUACUCGACAAAUUUUAGGGCUGUAAACUUUGAACUCUUGGAAAGGUGUGGAGUGGCUUUACAGACAGAGCGAUUCCUUCAAAAUGACAUGUCCAUCUCUGACAACGCCCUCAAAGAGGGUAACUUGAGUAAUUGCCUUGAGAGUAUGGAUAUGCCUUCAGACCUAUUGGAAGUUGUACAGCUGCAGGCGAUGCAUCUCCAUUCUAGUGUUACGCUGAGGAAGCGCGUUAUCUCCACGGAAGCCGGGAGUUAUAUCACUGAUACCCAUCAUUGCGAUUUCGAGGAUAUGCAAACCUAUCAUUGGGGAUGCUAUUUCUGCGGUGAAAUUGAAGGAAUCGAAACUUCUGUGCCGCGUCUGCUGGAUGGAAAAGCGGGUACAACGAUUCACGCGGGGUCUGAAAUAAUGUUUCGGCAUCGCCUAGAGGAUUCCAUGGGCCCCCCAUGCACGGUUGAAAAGUGUGAGUCUCUGGGUGAUUCCCCUCCUCAAGGGCAGUUGAACGCUCUUGAAGAGGUGUUCGUACUGGGGCAGGGUGUACUUGGCUUGGGUUCAGACGACACACUUCAAAGGAUCUGGGCACCCAUCCCGGGGACGGCGCACCUAGCAGCAAAAAUUUCUGGGCGUACACAUUUCUUAAUGCUCUUGAGAGGCUGUGGAUUGACUUUGGGCGCAACCGAUUCGUGUAAUGAUUGUAUACUCGGAUUCGGUGAUAACAUGAACGGUCAAAUUGGUUGGGCGUAUGAUCACCAAAAUGCCAAAGGUAAUUCUCAAAACAGUUAUUCAGGUAGUGGAGUUGGAGAGGACAACGUGGAAGUCCUUUCCCCGCGGCAUGUGCUGAAAGUCGGUGAUCUUCUAUUAGCGGUACCCUCUACGUCACCCAAGCAACCGAAGGAAGAUCACUUGCCAAGUGGACGAGAAAAUGUAAAUCAGUGCUUAUGUGUAGAUUCCGAGCCUUAUGGGUGGAUAGUCGACCAAAUCAUAGACGUUGGCGCUGGAGCUCGACAUUCCGUAUUUUUUCUAUAUGUGCAUUUAGAAAAAAGAUCAAGGUCAAUUGAGAAAGGAUAA